ACUAUUUCGAGACACAACUCUCUUCCUGUCAGAAUUCACAACAUAAGCGAUACAUGGAAGCUAACUAAUUUGUGCCGUCUAUGAUCAAUAAAUGUUAAUGUCGCAUACAUUCUUCUGACCAACGAUGAUUCCUUACACAGUCAACAUCAAACUCGCAGCUCGGACGUUGACUGGCACUCUCAAUUUGCAGAACAAAACCGCUGUAGAUUGGGGUUGGCAGGGGUUAAUAGCUCAAGGAUGUCACUCCAGCAUCCUCAUAAUCGAUCCCAAAACGUCUCAGACCAUCCAGGUCCUGGAGAGGCACAAAGCAAAUGUGGUCAAGGUGAAAUGGUCCAGAGAAAAUUACUACCACAACCUGAGUUCGCCCUACUGUCUGCGGCUGGCCUCGGGAGACGCGUCGGGGAAGAUCAUCGUGUGGGACGUUGUCAGCGGCACCGCGCACUGCGAGAUUCAGGAGCACUCCAAGCCCAUCCAGGACUUAGAGUGGUUGUGGACUCAGGACGCGUCCCGUGAUCUCCUGUUGGCCGUCCACCCCCCCAACUACAUCAUACUGUGGAACGGAGAUACAGGCACCAAGCUGUGGAAGAAGAGCUACGCUGAGAAUAUCCUCUCCUUUUCAUUCGACCCCUUUGAUCCAUCCAACAUGGCAUUGCUGACCAGUGAGGGGAUAGUCUUUAUCACAGACUUUUCCUACUCUAAGCCACCUGGCAGCUCGGGCAAAAAGGUCUACAUAGCCAGCCCUCAUGCCAGCCCGGCCCACACCAAACCGGCCCCCGCGGCCGCCCCGGCCCCCACCGGGGCCAAGAAGGCCCUCAACAAGGUCAAGGUGCUCAUCACCAACGAAAAACCCACUGCCGAGGCCGUGACGCUGAACGACUGUCUGCAGCUGUCCUAUCUGCCGUCCAAGAGGAACCACAUGCUGCUGCUCUAUCCCAGAGAGAUUUUAAUCCUGGACCUGGAGCUCAGCCAGACAGUGGGCGUGGUGGCCAUCGAGCGCUCAGGGGUGCCCUUUAUCCAGGUGAUUCCCUGUGCUCAGCGGGACGCCCUCUACUGCCUCCAUGAAAACGGCUGCAUCACGCUUCGAGUUUGUCGCUCCACGACGAAUCCAGAGGAAGCAGCAGACCCAGAACAGAGUGUCCAGGAGCUCGUCUACGACCUCCGCUCCCAGUGCGACGCGAUUCGAGUCACCAAGACGGUGCGUCCAUAUCGCAUGGUGAUCUGCCCCGUAAACGAAAACAACGCUGCUCUGAUGGUCAGUGACGGAAGAGUGAUGCUGUGGGAGCUCAAAGCCCACACCGGCAGGGCCACCCCCAAUCCAAGCUCGGGUCUGUCGCCUCUCUACUCCCCCGUUUCGUUUUGCGGAGCUCCAUUGGGUCCAAACCAGAAAAAGAUCCAGGACCUGUCUCUCAACAGCAUGAUCGGUCAAACCUUAAUAGCUGGUGAGGCUCCACCUCAAUCCUCCAACCAACAUGAGGUCCAGUUGAAGUUCCUGCUCACAGGCCUGUUGUCUGGUCUGCCACUUCCACCGUUUGCCAUUCGCAUGUGUCCACCUCUGACUACCAAAAACAUCAACCACUACCAGCCUCUGUUGGCUGCAGGCACCAGCACCGGCUCUGUACUGGUCUACAACCUGACCAGUGGUCUCCUGCACAAAGAGCUCAGUGUUCAUUCUUGUGAAGUCAGGGGCAUUGAAUGGAUUAGUCUCACCAGUUUCCUGUCUUUUGCCACCUCUGCUCCCAACAAUAUGGGCCUGGUGCGAAACGAAGUGCAGCAUGUCGACCUGCCUACAGGCAGAUGCUUUGCAUUUAGGGGCGAGCGAGGAAAUGACGAGCCGCCCAUCGAUAUGAUCAAAGUGUCUCAUCUUAAGCAGUACUUGGUGGUGGUGUUCAGAGACAAACCCCUGGAGCUAUGGGACAUCAGGACGGGAACGCUUCUCCGGGAGAUGGCUAAGAACUUCCCCACCGUCACUGCUCUGGAAUGGUCCCCCUCCCACAAUCUGAAGAGUCUGAAGAAAAAGCAGAUGGCAGCGAGGGAGGCCAUGGCUCGGCAGACGGUGUCAGAUGCCGAACAGAGUAGCGUUGAAUCCUCAGUCAUCAGUCUCCUUCAAGAUGCAGAAAGCAAGUCAGAGACGAGCCAGGGCAUCUCAGCCAGGGAGCACUUUGUGUUCACAGACACAGACGGCCAGGUUUACCAUAUCACUGUCGAGGGCAAUACCGUCAAAGAUGGAGCCCGGAUUCCCCCUGAUGGAAGCAUGGGUAGUAUCGCCUGCAUUGCGUGGAAAGGUGACACCCUGGUGCUCGGAGAUGUGGACGGCAAUCUGAACUUCUGGGACCUCAAAGCUCGUUUGUCAAGAGGAAUACCAACGCACCGUGGCUGGGUUAAGAAGAUCCGCUUUGCCCCUGGAAAGGGCAACCAAAAGUUGCUGGUCAUGUACACGGACGGGGCAGAGGUCCAAAUGGUCAGUAGCAUGCGCAUUGGCCGCAAUGUGAACUACCGCAUUCUAGACAUCGACUGGUGCACAUCAGACAAGGUUGUCUUGGCAUCGGAUGAUGGCUGUAUCCGAGUUUUGGAGAUGGCCAUGAAGUCUGCGAGCUACCGCAUGGAUGAGCAAGACCUCACAGAUCCAGUGUGGUGCCCUUACCUGCUGCUGCCCCGAGCCGCCCUCACCCUCAAGACUUUCCUCCUUCUGCAGCCCUGGUCAGGAACCUUCACCAUGGACAUCACUCAGGUAGAUUACAGCGAAAAAGUGGAGAUAAAAGGCCUGAUCCAGGAGCAGCUCAACUCGUUGUCAAAUGAUAUGAAGAGCGUGCUACAGGACCCAGAGCUCAGUCUUCUGCAGCGCUGCCUCCUGGUCUCACGGCUGUUCGGGGACGAGUCUGACCUUCACUUCUGGACCGUGGCCUCCCACUACCUCCAGUCGUUUGCCCAGUCUCGUCAGCUGAGUGUGUCCGCCGCCGAGGGAAGCGAAGGAACCCACCCGCCACCACAGAACCAUCUGGACAUCUGCCACGAUGUCCUCUGUGAGAGUUCCUACUUUCAGAAGUUCCAGUUGGAUCGGGUUCACUUGCAGGAGGUGAAGCGCUCCAGUUAUGAGCACACCAAGAAAUGUGCAGACCAGCUCCUUCUGCUGGGUCAGACGGACAGGGCAGUGCAAUUACUGCUGGAGACCAGUGCCGACAACCCCAGCUACUACUGUGAUUCACUCAAGGCCUGCUUAGUGACCACCAUCACCUCCUCCGGCCCCUCGCAGUCUACAAUCAAACUCGUGGCCACCAACAUGAUCGCUAAUGGGAAGCUUGCAGAGGGAGUUCAGUUGUUGUGUUUGAUUGACAAGGCGGCCGAUGCCUGCCGCUACUUGCAGACCUACGGGGAGUGGAACCGUGCCGCAUGGCUCGCAAAGGUUCGGCUGAGUCCAGCCGAGAGCUCGGACGUGCUGAAGCGCUGGGCAGAACACUUGUGCUCCCCGCAAGUCAACCAGAAAUCCAAAGCCAUCCUGGUGCUGCUUUCCCUGGGCUGCUUUCAAAAAGUAGGAGAGAUGCUGCACAGUAGCAUGAGGCACUUUGAUCGCGCCGCCCUCUUCAUUGAGGCCUGUCUGAAAUAUGGGGCGGCGUUCCUGGAAUACGCCCGGCUGCUGCGCGCGCUGGGCCUGCGGGAGGGCGCGGCCCUGUGGGCGUCCCGGGCCGGCGGCGCUGGGGAGCAGCUAAUGGAGGAGCUGUUCCGGGGGGAGGGAGGCGGGCCGGAGGCCGCCGUCAGCGAAGAGGAAGCGGAGCUGGGACUGGAGGGCACGGAGUGA